AUGGCUGAACAAGCUGCUAGAAAGCCAUCGACUCCAUCAACUGGACGGUGAGUUAAUUUUUAUUUUUUAAAAAUGAUUGCUAUAAAUAUUCACCAAUAUUUUUAUUUAAUGUGAAUAUUUAUUCGUUUUGAAACUAAAGGUUCACGUCUACCUUUCUAAAAAUCUCAAACGAAAAAUUGGAACUUAUCAAACUCGAGGUUAUCUUUUUGAGAGCUAUUGAUUAAAAUGCUACUGAAGUAGUUGCCGUCCAAAUCCUCAAAAUUUAAUCCAAAAUACUGCCUUGUCGAUGCUGGUAUUUAAUAGACUUAUAAAUUCUGAUUUACCAGAAAAUUAGUACUUUUAGUUCAGUUCUUGGAUAUAGAAUGGCAUCUGUUAUUUUUGUUGCAGCCUGUCAGCUUAUUUCAUAUCUAGUAGACAGUUAAAAUCUUGGUAUUUAACUGUGAAUUCAUUAGGAAAAUAAUAUUUUAAAAAUAAAAUCAAUAUUUUUCAGUCUCUACGUCAAGGCUAUCUUCACCGGGUUCCAAAGAGGACUUCGCACCCAAUCGGAGCACACUUCAAUCUUGAAACUCGACGGAGUUUUCAACAAAGAUGACGCUAACUUCUACGUUGGAAAGCGAGUUGUAUACUUGUACAAGGCCCACAACAAGACCCAAGUCAGUUUUUUCUCUAAAUUUCGAAUAUAAUUUUGUUAAUUUUCAGAAAACCGGACAUUCAGUUGCAACCCGCACACGCGCCAUCUGGGGACGUGUUACCCGCCCACACGGAAACGCCGGAUCAGUGAGAGCCAAGUUCCACCACAAUCUCCCACCAACUGCCCUUGGAAAGAGAAUCCGAGUUGUAAGUUUUUGUUUUUUAUAGACUUCGUUUCAAAGUUUUUUUUCAGCUCCUCUACCCAUCCAACAUCUAA